UCAGCUACAAUUGCCUUGAAUGUAAUAGCGCAAAAAUUUGUUCGCCUUUUGGAUGCAUCAGCGCUCAGUCAACUAAUAGCGCAUGCCUGUAGUUGGAUCGGUGAUGGGCGUCCGGUAGUACGAGUUCUGGUUAUUCGAUUACUGAGAAUGUUGGCGAAAAAACUUCCUGAUUACACCAUGCAGCAGUAUCAGGAAUUGUUCACCUCAACGGUAUUUGAUGGUCAGCUAACAGCGGAUGUCACAGUUAAAGUUCGAAAAGCGAACAGAUUGCUUCUGGAAGUUCUGGUAGACAGAUUUGGUGUUGAAAUUUUGCUUAAUCGAACGGAUAAACCGGACUGGUUUGUUCUUCAAUUUAUUCCAACUUAUAUGGUUGUGGGUUAG